UCUAAAAGCAGCCUGCAGAAAGCAGACAGGUGUCUAAACUCUCCAAACAAGAUGCAGUCAUGGCUUCGGGCUUUUGUGGAGAUGGCACCCGACUGCUCAAAGAGUUUAUCGCUCAGCUGAGGACAUUCUGCUUAGACCUUGAGCAGACUAUCAGAGACAUCUUCAGAGAAGUGUGUCAAUGCACCUGCUUCAUGAGCACACCUGAGACGAGUUUCCGAAAGAGGACGACAGAGUUACAUUCUCUACACCUUUUGUGCGAUGAUGAAACACAGUUUCUCAAUCCGGAUAGUCUCCGGGCACUGAACAAACUUGCAACCUCAGAUAACACUGAUCUACAAAUGUCUGCAGCCAUGUAUUAUUUACACCUCAGCCAUCAUGUUACGUCUCCCCUAUCAGAGGCCUACAUGGAGCCUGUCAUGACCUUACUUUUCUCCACUGACCUUGAUGUGCAGAAGACUACCUCUCUCUCCGUGGUUAAUCUCCUAGUAAAGAAUAACGUGAGCAAAGAGUUGGUUGUUGAAAUGGGGAUGCUGGUGCCCAUAAUGGAGAUGUUCCAGUCCGGUGAUGCCACAGCUCAGUGUCAUUCAUGUGCCUGCAUGGCCAUGCUGGCCUCUUCCGAAUCAAGCAGAGAAGCUGUCAUGGUGGAUGGAAUCAUCCCACUUUUGGCUUUAGCAAAAUCCUACGAUCCAAAGGUGCAGCAGAACGCAAUAUGGGCUCUGUUAUACCUUACACAGUCAGAUUGGUCAACGAGGAUCUUAUGUGAAGCAGGAGCCAUCCCUGUGCUGGUGCUUCUGCUCCAGUCUUCAGAUUCAGUGGUUCAGUUACACAGCUGCACUGCUCUGUGUAACAUUGCAGCUGAGGAGGAGCACCACCCUAAGCUGUUCAGCAUGGGGGGUCAUUUUUUAUUAAAGUCUCUUCUGACUCUCAUGUCUUCCUCAGUGAGAAAGAAUUCAACCCAAGCAUGCAGAUGUCUUGAAACUCUCUCAAAGAAUGUUCUGAUCCAGGAGCAGCUGAUGGAGCUGGAUUGUGUGUUGCCUCUGAAGGCUUUGCUGAGAACAUCUUCGCCUGAGUCAGCCGUAACACUCCUGUCUGCACUCUCCACACACACACCAAACCACGAUGCUCUCGUAAGUGAAGGCCUGCUGGAUGACCUCAGCCAGCUGCUUCUUCAUCACGCAUCAAACUCUGUUAUAAUCACACACAGCUGCAGGAUAAUCACUGACCUGUGCAGCUCGGCAUUCGCCAGCAGGUACAUACAGGCUGCUGUGGUGGAGAGUCAGUGUUUAUCAGGACUCCUCUGCACCCUUCUGCCCCCCACCCUGUCAGAUGAGACCAUGUUGCAUGUGACAUCACACUUGAAUCACCUGAUGACCUGGGAUCAACUUAAUUCCAAAGUAUCCAUGGCUGUAACAUCAGAACAAGUCUCAGGCCUGGUGAAGUUAUCUGCACAAACACAAAAUCCUCAGCUGUCAUACAACAGUGCUGCCAUCAUCAGUAAACUAGAAAUGACUGAGGAGAUGACUCAGCUGCUGAGACCUCACUACAUCGACACGAUGAAGUACCUGCUCGUGUUUAUGACUAAUAAAGAUGUUAAGUUCCAGCACCUUGCUAUAGUUACAACACUCAACCUCAAGAAAGAUGGCGACUUUUCUGCCCUGCUGGCAGACAGUGAGUUGGAGGUUCAGCUCUGGAGGGUGCAUGCGCAGACGGAGGAAACCAGGCGGCUGCUGCAGAUGAUUCAGCCUCUUUCUCCAUCUUCUGUUAACCCUUUGCUUUCUCAGGGAGAACACUGAGAUGUGCAGGGUCAACUGUGCUAGUUCAUUUUAUCCAUGCACUGUAUCGUCGAGGAGCAUUUUUAACUCAUGUCUUUAAUGUAUUUAUUCGUCCAUUUUUUAUAUUUACAGGCAACAAAUCAGUAAAAACAAGGCAGAAGUGUGGCAUAGUAUCAACUUUAUUUGAAUAUGGCAGAUAUUAUAACAAGUCAUAGGUAUAAGCAAUACUUAAACCAAAGGAUCAAAUAUUCAGAAUUGGAUACAUCUUUCUUUUUUAUUCUAAUAAAUGUACUGAACUUCUA